UUGAGAUUAUGCAUUAAUGUGUUAUUAAGACUUCAUUUGACGUUAGACCUUAGUGUUUCAAGGAGUUUUUAAUAUUACCAAUCAAUGUUUUAAAUUUGUUUCUCUUUUUUUUUUAAAUAUGGAAUUUAAAUUAGUAUUUAUAAUUAUCCCAGUUUUUAUUAUCACGGCAAAUGGUUAUCGUGAUUUAAUAUAUAAUCGAUCUGAACUUUUUGAUGACAAUUUGUACGAGGAAGUGUUAAAUCGGAGACAAUGUGCGGCGCAAGUUAAAUAUCUUAGAAUAAAUGAUCAACGUCUAUGGGGUCGAUUUUUAGACGCGAGAUCAAGAUUUCCGCGGAGUUUAACAAGAGGGAAUGUAGUCGACUUAGGUGGUUAUGAUGAAUGUUUGGGUAUAGAGAAAAAUGUACGAAACAUGAGUAUAGAAGGAAAAUUUUGUAUGGUGAGAAUACCACUUAUCCAAUUUAUACAUUUAGUUAACCUCUCAGCACCGCUAGAGUUCUCACAAAUAUCACAGACAGAGGUCAAUCGAAACUUAUUAAAUUUUGAGAACACCAAUUAUAAUGAUCUGACAUCGCUAAUAAGAAUACAAACGCAACUCCAAAAAUUUGUGGGAAUGACACAAGAAGAUGUUAUGCAAAGAACCGAAGAGGUGAAUCCAGUUUUUGACGCGAGUAUACGAUUUGCAGUAUGCAUUCCAAAGCCCUGUUCUUUACGGAAUGCAUUGAAUAUUAUAUUUGGUCUGCAAAUAACUGGUUUGCAAGUUGAAGAAGGUUAUUGCAGGCUUCCUAAUGACAAACCGUGGGUCGCUGCAGAUUAUAUUGCUGUAUCCAUAUUUUCUGUUAUUGGUUUUCUUAUGGUAUUGAGUACUACUUAUGAUAUUCGUCAUCGGAUAUUAUUAAAAAGAGAUCCAAAGACUAUCAAUAAACUCCUUCUGUCCUUUUCCGUCUAUACCAAUACUCUGCGAUUGGUGACCUACAAACCAUCACCAGGAGCUCUAGAAUGUUUGGAUGGUAUCAGGGCAUUUGCAAUGAUGUGGGUUAUAGUAGGACAUACACAUGUAACUUAUUUAAUAUCUGCUCCAUUGCAAAAUCCUUUACAGAUGAUAAAUUUUAUGCAGUCAUUUUGGUCACUGUGGAUAACGUCUUCUACUAUAACCGUUGACACUUUCUUUACGCUUAGUGGCCUUUUACUAAUUUACACAACGACAGGCAAAAUUACAGGAUGGAAACUCAUGAAGAACCUGCACUUGUUCUACUUGAAUCGAUAUCUCCGUCUAUUCCCGGUGCUGGCCGCUUGUGUACUCCUUCAAGCGUCACUGUUCCAUCGGGUGUCAGAUGGACCUGCGUGGGAGGCAGUUGCACAACAAGCCCUCCAAUGUAGGAAAUCGUGGUGGCCUACGUUAUUGUUCAUACAGAAUUUUUAUAGUCCCUUAUAUAUGUGCCUUUCACACACUUGGUAUCUGGCAAUAGACUUUCAACUCUUCUUGAUAUCUCCUCUUAUCCUGUUCUGGGUGGUCAGCGGUAAAAAAAGGACAGCUUGGAUUACAUUAAUUACUGCUCUAUUAGCUUCUCUCAUAGGAUCUACCAUUUAUAAUUUCAUUAUGGGAUUCAAAGCUGGACCUUUCACUCUUAGUCUAUCUGCAGAAGAUCAACCAGAUUAUUUUAGCUAUUACUAUGUGAAUCCACUUGUCAGGUCAUCGCCAUUUUUCGUGGGAAUGAUAUUUGGAUACAUUCUGCAUUUAUGUCGUGGAAAAGAGAUAAUUAUACCAAAAGCACAAGUUGCCUUACUGUGGCUACUGGCUUUAAUUUUAUCAUCUGGAGUAAUAUAUAUGCAUUAUCCUGUCAUACAAAUUGACUGGGACAAGCAAACUGUCAACGAUUUAGUUAAUUCAUUCAUGCGGCCAAUAUGGUCUUUGUGUGUCAGCUGGAUGAUCUUCGCCUGUGUGCAUGGAUAUGCAGGUCCUAUCAACUGGCUCUUAUCUCAUCCUAUGUGGAAGAUAUUGGGUAGAUUGUCUUAUGCUAUGUACAUUUUUCACUAUCCGCUUAUGAUUCUUGUUAAUGGAACCGUACGAACUCCACUUUAUUUCUCUAAUGAAUUCGCUAUUCAAAAAUUUUUAGCUGAUUUCGUGACAGCGGUUUUAGUUGCCUAUAUAGUUACAAUGUUCGUAGAUGCGCCCUGCUCUGUGUUGAUUAAGCAUUUUUUGGGAGUUGACAAGAAGCAAGCACAAGUAAAACCAUUGAGCGGCACUGAUAAUCCGAAAGAAGAAAAAAACUAGCAAAGUUAUAAUCGUAUUUAAAAUAGCAAGUAGGUUAGGUAGACUAUGAAUUAAUAAUGUAGGUACCUGAAGAAGAUAUUUAUUUAACACUAGUAACUUUACCAGAUGCAAAUUGUACAUACGAACCUUCCAUAAAAGCAUAUGGAAGAUUUACGUAAGAAUAUCUAAAUUCCAGUUAAACCCGUAAAUAUUUUUUUUUUUAUACAACUUAUAAUAGCAAACAAGCUGACGGCCCACCCGAUGGAAAGUGGUAACCGUCGCCUAUAGACAUGAGCAGUACCAUGAAUAUAACAGAGUAUACUGUUUCGCCCAUGAUACCCCCCAUGCGUUGCCACUCCUGAGGACUUAGGUGUUAUUCCUCUGUACCUAGUAAAUUCACGCCAUAUCCCACCCUUCAAACUGAAACACAGCCAUGAAAAAACACAACUGCUUAAUGGUAGAAACACGAAUGGAACAGAGGUACCCAAGCAAUCGACUUUUGUACAAAGUCUCCCUCUGGUGAUACAUAGACGCGGACAGUAACUUUUUAAUAAACUUCAAAAAGAUGGAAGUUUUCAGUUCGGUUGAACGUUUUUUAAUGUUCAUGUUUGUCGGUUAUAAACCAAUUUGGAUAAUUCUUUUUUUUUUUAUUAAUCUGAAAGGAUAUACUUACUGACUAGAUAGUACUAUAUGGAUCGAAGAAGGCUACUUUUUUAAUUCCGUUCGGUAAAUAUAUCUCAAUUACGUGGUCGUUGCGGGUAAAAGCUAAUAUCGUAUAAUCCGUAAACGAUUCUCAAUUAUUCUGUAUUUAUUUUGUAUUUAUGUUACGCAAUAUAUUGGCCGAUAUUUUUGUUGAAAAAAUGUAUUUCUUAUUAUUAAAAAGUCCUGCGAUUGACCUCAAUACCAUCUAGUGAUAUGUGAUGCUGACGUCAAAGCUUGCGUACUUUUAUUUUUGCCUCAAAAAUAUAUAGAUUCCUAUAAGUCUAGAUAAAUAAAUGUACUUUUAAAGCUAUUGAAAGUAAUUUAAAAACAAAUUCGUCACUAUGUUCAUUAUCAUCGUAUCAGCCCUUUACAGGCCACUGCUGAAUAUAAACCUCCCCUUGGGGGGUUUUUCCAGUAGUUGCUAUGCUUGGCAGGCGGAUUGGCUUACUGCGGUGGCUUCGGUAAUGUUUUAAGAGGGACUCUGCUGCCCAUUCCUUGCUGUCCUUUAGUCGCCUCUUACGACACUCACGGGAAAGGAAGACGUGGCCUAUUCUAUGCCGGGCCUAUUAUAUGGGGAUACUAUAUUACAAAUUUAAAAAGCUUACAGCGAUUGCUAUCAAUUUUAACUACAUAUCUAGCGCAUUUUAUUAUUUAAAUAUAUUUUAUAUAUAUAAUUUAGCUCAUAGGAACACAAUUUUAUUGUUAUUAAGUUAAUUUAAUUAAUUAAAUAAUCGAUUACUAUGCAAUAAUUUAUUAGUUGAUAUUAUUAACAAAUAAAUAUGUAUUUAAAAAAAAGCGUUUCCAAAUUCCCUAUUUACUUUAAAAACCCACUGCCUAUACAUAAAUAUAGACUAUAAAAAAUGGUCAAAAAUGUAACAGAGGUGAUGAUUGACUGGUG